AUGGACGAAAAGAAUCUCGCUAUGCACAAAGUGGAAGUCGACAACACCGCUCAGAAUGCAUCGAGUAAUUCUGAGGAAACAUCGUCGAAGCAUCUCUCUAGGGAUGACAGUGAUCAUGUCAGCAUCGAUCCGAAGGCAGAGCAGAAGCUCAUCAGAAAGCUUGACUUUGUACUGUUACCACUUUUUACUUUGAUUUAUGCUUGUAACUUCAUUGACCGGACUGCCAUAGGAAACGCUCGAAUUGCAGGACUCGAAAAAGAUCUCGACAUGCAUGGCUUCGAUUUCAACAUUGCACUGACGACCUUCUACAUAUCGUACAUCGUCUCCGAGAUUCCGUCGAAUCUUGCACUCAAGCGAUUCGGCUCUAUUUGGAUUGCAUUUCUGGUCAUUUCUUUUGGCGCCGUGGCAAUAGGCUCAGCGUUUGUCAAAUCUUUUGGGAGUCUGCUGGUAACGAGAGUGUUGCUUGGAUUCGCAGAGGGCGGAACGCUUUCUGGACUUGUAUAUAUACUAGCCAGAUACUAUCGUCGUCACGAGCUUGUCCUAAGAGUUGGCAUUUUCUUUGGAUUAUCGCCUUCUCUUGCAGGAGCUUUUGGAGGACUUCUCGCCUCCGGUCUUCUUUCAGUCUCCGAUAUAGGGGACGUACAACGAUGGCGCAAGAUAUUUCUUAUUGAGGGAAUUAUAACAAUUGGAUUUGGGAUCUUAUUGAUUUUUUUUAUGCCAGCCGAUCCAACCGUUACCAGACUUUUCAACGAUGAAGAAAGAGAAUUAGCCAUCGCCAGAUUAGACGCCGAUCAGGUGGUUAAAACAGGGGGACGCAAAGAGCCAACGACAUGGAAGUUGGUUUUGCGUUCUUUCAAUUUCAACGAUAUUCCAUUGCUAUCUCGACUAAGAACCCUCACGCAAGGCUUCGGUCAACUAGGAUCUGUCAUAGCUGACAUGGCUGAUAAACGAACUACCAGUGUCUGGACGUAUCUUCCAACAGACGCACCCGACUUCCACAAAGGAAACACGCUUAACCUGAUCACAAGUGUAAUCUCCUGCGUUAUCACUGCCUUGGGAGGAGUAUAUAUUCUUUGGGAGAACCGGAAACGAGAUCGAGGGGAACGAGAUGGUCGGUUGGAGGGUAAGAGUCAGCAUGAAAUUGAGCAGUUGGGAUAUUUGCACCCAGAAUUCCGUUAUCAACUUUGA